CCCCGCUCCGGGCAGCCGCUCGCCGGUGUCGCGUCCGCGUCGGUCCCGGGUGCCGUCAUGGCGUUGAGCGAGCCCAUCCUGCCGUCCUUCUCCACGUUCGCCAGUCCGUGCCGCGAGCGCGGCCUGCAGGAGCGCUGGCCGCGCGCAGAGCCCGAGGCGGCCGGCACCGACGACGACCUCAACAGCGUGCUGGACUUCAUCCUGUCCAUGGGGCUGGACGGCCUGGGCGCCGAGGCCGCCCCCGAGCCGCCGCCGCCCGCGCCGCCCGCGUUCUACUACCCGGAGCCCGGCGCCCCGCCCCCGUACGGCGCCCCCGCGGGCGGCCUGGUGUCCGAGCUGCUGCGGCCGGAGCUGGACGCGCCCCCGGGCCCCGCGCUGCACGGCCGCUUCCUGCUCGCGCCCCCGGGCCGCCUGGUUAAAGCCGAGCCCCCCGAGGCGGACGGCGGCGGCGGCUACGGCUGUGCGCCCGGCCUGCCCCGCGCGCCGGGUCUCAAACGUGAGGGCGCCCCGGGCCCGGCGGCCGCGUGCAUGCGGCCCGGGGGCCGACCCCCGCCGCCGCCCGACACGCCUCCGCUCAGCCCCGACGGCCCCGCGCGCCUGAGCGCGCCCGGCCCGCGCGCCCCCUUCCCGCCGCCCUUCGGCAGCCCGAGCUUCGGCGCGCCCGGGCCCGGCCUGCACUACGCGCCCCCCGCGCCCUCCGCCUUCGGGCUCUUCGACGACGCGGCGGCCGCAGCCGCCGCAGCAGCUCUGGGGUUGGCGCCGCCCGCCGCCCGAGGUCUCCUCACGCCGCCCUCGUCCCCGCUGGAGCUGCUGGAGGCCAAGCCCAAGCGCGGCCGCCGCACCUGGCCAAGAAAGCGCACGGCCACGCACACCUGCAGCUACGCGGGCUGCGGGAAGACCUACACCAAGAGCUCGCACCUCAAGGCGCACCUACGCACGCACACAGGCGAGAAGCCUUAUCACUGCAAUUGGGACGGCUGUGGCUGGAAGUUCGCCCGCUCCGACGAACUCACGCGCCACUACCGCAAGCACACGGGCCACCGGCCCUUCCAGUGCCACCUGUGCGACCGUGCCUUCUCCCGCUCCGACCACCUGGCACUGCACAUGAAGCGGCACAUGUAGCCUGGAUGACCUCUGCCUACCCGUGCACGGCCGUGGC